AUGUCCACCCCCAGCUCCGCCACUGUAUCCCCCACCUCCGCACACUUCCCCUCCACCACCACCACACCCCCCAACGACCCCACCGCCGCCUACGCCACGCUGAUCACCUCGCCCUCCUAUCUCCCCGGCGCCAUCCUCCUCGCACACACUCUCAAAAAACACGGUUCCCAAUUCCCGCUCGUCCUCAUGUACGCCAACCUCCCCGCAGACUACCUCCCGGCUCUCGAGCGCGAAGCCCUCCGCUCCAAUAUAAUCCUCCACCCGACCCCCCUCCUCAACCUCAGCGCCAACUCGGGCGUCGCCGCCCGCUUCGCCUCCACCUGGACCAAACUGCAAGUCUUCUCCCUGUACACCUACCCCUACGAACGGAUCUGUUUCCUCGACGCCGACAUUCUCAUCUUCGGUCCUAUGGACGAACUCCUCUUCAAACAUCCGCUCCGCAACCCCUCGAUCCCCGGCGAAGCCGGCAAACUCCUCGCCGCCAACCACGUCUGCGUGUGCAAUCUCGAAAAUGACACCUGGGCCCCGGAGUCCUGGACGCGCGAGAACUGCGCCUAUGUAACCCCCAGCCCCAACCCCGUCGAACACAACCCACCGGUGCCAUCUGGAUCCAGCGGGCCGCAAACACAUACGCUUCUCAAUUCGGGAGUAUUUAUUUUUGCGCCCAGCAAGGAAACUUGGGAUGAUAUGUGGAAAUUUAUCGACACGCAUCAAACUGAGCUUUCGAGCUAUCAAUUUCCCGAUCAAGAUUUCAUUACCGAGUGGUGGCGCGAUCGAUGGGUGAGCGUGGGGUGGAAAUGGAAUGCGCUGAAAACAUGGCGGUAUUGGCAUCCAGAGAUGUGGCGCGAUGAGGAGGUGCGAGCCUUGCAUUAUAUUGUUGAUAAGCCGUGGUCAAAACGCGUGGGUGCAGAUGGGGUAGCGGGGUAUAAGGGGAAUGAUGGGGUAACGCAUGGGUGGUGGUGGGAUGCUUAUGGAAAGUGGGAGGAGGAACGCAAGGAAGCGGGAGAGAUGGAGAUUUUGAAGGUGGUGGGGGAAUUGGUGGAUUAG